GGUUUCUACGCAUCAACCACGAUAGCCGACGUGGCUACGCCCUGCCAUGGACACCUUUUACGACUUUGACUUGGUUGACGACAGCGUUGUGUUCAGCGACGAUGACGGGGUCGAUGUCAUAGGGCUCCUCGAGCCAAAUGCUGAAAAGGUCGGUCUCAUCGGUGAAUCAGCUAUCUCGGAUACGUCGACGGGCAAGGACAAUCGCCACGGGAAUCAUUCCGGUGGGAGUCUGGACUUGGAGACACGACUCCCCGAGCCAGUGGUCCCUUGUUCACUUGAAAAUCCCGAUCAAACACCCCCAGGUUUCUGCAAUAUCUCUCUUGCCAUUGCCAGCGCAAAUUCAACACGGACUGCCGCACAAGACACUCCAUCGAACGGGAUGGCAUCACGUGAACUUCGGCCCCCGGUAACCACGGAUGGAUUUAGUGAUGACUUCCUGCCUUUGUUGGACGAAACUCUCCGCCCCGCUGCGAACGAACCCAUUUUUUCGACCAACAUCGACACAAUCGAGCUCCAACACCACGUGGUGAUGGACGACAAACGCGCCAGUGUCGUGCUAGAUGACCACGUAAUCUUGCUCAACGAGCCGACUCCCAAAGACGCCUUUGUCGACUUCAUUUGCUCCCAGCCCAGCAGUCACACCCUCCAACUCUCGUUGCAAAUUCCCUUGCAAACUCAAGGUCUAUCGCUCGUGGAUGUUACGUACGACAACUUGCACCAGCAAACAAAUGGCCUCACUCCGGCGGCCCUUUUGGACGUGCUCAAGACCACCAAUUUGUUUCCGUACAUCGUGUCCCUUGCUCAAUUUGAGCACGCGAUCCGCCUGCAUGGAUUGAAUCCAAUCUUGACGCUGCGCAACUUCCAGGACAUUGCAACUACAUGGGCGGGCACGAACGAGCCCCUGUUGUCAAUUGUCUCACAGCAGCCGCAACGACUCCAAGUGCUGCUACGUGGGCUGAAUGGCCAGCUAGACAUGGAUAUCUUGAGCCGCUGCAAAGCCGAGGUCCAAGAGCAAGUUUGGGUCAAAGCUGCUGCAAAGUACGAUCAUUCGAUGUCGAAAUCUCGGUCGGCGGCCGCUUCAUUCGCAUCGCCCAGGCCAAAAGUCAUCCUAACCCCAAAACAGACCCAAGCGUUCAUGGCGCGAAUGCAGUCGGACUUGGCCACACGUCGCGAGAAGGAGCAGGAGCGAGCGGCCGAGCGGCACCGAACUCUUAUCGCCCACGACCAAAUCCCUCCGCAUGCCAGAGGAGGCAUUUCCCAGGGCAGCGUCCGGAUUCUCGAGAAGAAUGGGUGGUUGAACGCCACGUCUAGUGCGUGCAUCGAAAGGAUGCUGCGUGCCAAAGGUGAACAGUUGGAGCUCAACAAGCAAGAGCGCGAACGCAACCUUAUGGUGGACGCUCGCACGGGCCAGCGAUUGUACCGGCCCCAAGUCAAUAUGCAACACCACAUGCAGCAGAAGCGACAAGGCGGCCACGUCUACGACGAGCUGUAUGCCCUGGCAAAACAGAAGGCGCUGAAAGCGGAAUGGAUGCAAGAGCAGCGAGAGUUUGCCAUCAAUGCAACCAUGCGGCGGUCCGUCCAGCUCAAUUCCGCUUCCAAAAAGCGCUGCCACGACCGUUUUGAAAAAGAUUUUGACAGAGUGUUGACGGCGCUCGGUGUCCAAGAGACUGUUCUUAGCAAGGACGCGAUGGCCGAGGUGUUAACGCAGUUUGGGCUUCCAUCCACCGCCAACGAUGUGGCCAAUAUUCAAGCCGACCUUAGCAAUGGCGUGGGUUUUCGAACAUGGAUGAAGAGCAUUGUGCUGAACGAGCCAAAGUGUCACCGUUCCGACGUUUGGAAACGGUAUCGACGGCAGUACAUUUCCAGGAGCCAGCCUACGUUGGCCCAGCGCCCCGCCCCAAUUGUCCACCCGUCGGCAAAGACCCCCAAGAAAGCAUCCGGGCAGUACACGCUGCACGGGAAGGCUGUCGAGGCGGAAGAUCCUCUGUCUGAGAGACACCAACGCGAAACCAUCAAGGUUCACGAGCUCCGUCAACACUUGGAAGACUCUGCCACGGUCGAGUGCACCUUCACCCCAGUCAUCCACUCGCGAUGCCAUCGAGACUCGUCCCGGGACAUUGGCCAUCACUUGUAUGAACUUGCGGUCGAAAAAAGAGCCAAGCAAUUGGAGCACCUCCACAAAACCAGUGGCAGCCCAGGCACUGGAGAAUUUGAGACGUCAGGCGGAACAUCGGCCAUGGAUCGACUCGAAGCAUUUUACGCUGUCACGGCCGAGCAAGAGCAGGUGGUCGCAUUCGACAAGGCGGUCGAGAACAUGCGGCAAGGCCAAAAGGAGAAAGCCCGCAAGGCUGAAAAGACCAGCGCGGCCAUCGCAAAGCACUUGAGAGUCGAAGCCAUGCGUAGCGCGGACGGACGCCACACCAUCCCUCAGCCAUUUAACCUGCAUCUUCACCAUAAACCAAACCAAGCGGCUCGUCAUGCCAAAAAAUCACGGCUCCUACGACAAUUUGGGUGCAAGCCACACCCGGCCGACACUUUCGUGAAUGUGCACAUUGCCCCAGCCUUGGACCACUCGAUAGAGCUAUCGCACGUCCACGACUCGAACGACGUAGACGACGUGAUUGCGGCCAUGACAGCAACGUAUUCGUUGGACAGCGUACAAGUGGCGGGGCUUGAAUCGGCACUGCAUGACUUUGCCGGCCUCGACUUUUCCCAUGUGCAUUGAAUCCGGCUGCGUUUCACAUAAAGCGAUUGAUUACAAAAACACACUGAGUUUGGCUCCGCAUUUUCGACAAAAUUUGGCGUCGUCUUGAUGGAGGUUCAUGAACGGUUUGCACGCCGGCGACGAAGGGCAGUGCAUGACUUGGAAGCCCAUGCCUCCGAGCGACACGGACGUCUGGGUCUGGGUCGCCGUG